UUCAUUUUGCAUCUUUUAUUGUAUUGUCCACUAAAUAAACUGCGUUUAGUUGUUUGUUCGUGUUAUUUAAAUAGUAACAUACCCUCUAGAACAUUUGAAAAUGGUUUUGAUUUGAGCUGCGCCAUGUAUUGAAACUCUCCUGUGAUUUCAGUUUUCUAAUCAAUUAGUAGUGAUAAUAUUUCCUGUGAUGAGAUGAAAAUAUAAUCUAACUAUGAACAAAAUAUAGUGCUGAUCAGUGUAAUAAGGCAGGAUGAUGCAGCCUACGUCAGACGGCUGUAUGAAUAUCGCGGAGUUAGCAAAUCUGUUGAGAAGGGAGAAAAUCUUCAUAAACUCCGAAAGGCAGUUGCUACAGAAUCUCAAUGAGGAAGUGGAGAAGAGUGUUCUGGAACUGUUACAAACUGCGUGGAUAUGUUCUCUACAGAGACAGAAUCUCACAAAUCUUAUCACUUCAAGAUGUGAGGCAGAGUCUGUUGUAGCUUGUCAACGUGUUAGUCUUCUAGAAGGCACCACUUUUAUUGAUGCUCACAAGGUGUUGCAGUACAAGGAGGUGCAAGCACUGGGUGAUCUGCUAGGAUGGCUCCGCGACACCCCCCACCUCAUGGCGCUGUGUCUAAUGCUAGGCGAAGACCACAUGCCUCCCAGCCUGCCGGCGUCACUGGUCGCCGGGUUGUACGGCAGCUGUCGCUCCCCCGCAGACAGGACACGGCUGUUGACUGUCAUUCGCUCGCUGAUCAAACAUCAGAUGGCCACGUCGAGCGAUCCGAGAAAGUUAAUUCGAACGAAUAAAUGCGCUCUGCCAUCGCUGUACGCGGUGUUUCGAGAUGGCCACACUCCAGCACGGCAGUUCCUUAUAGCAGCGUUACAAGCUCCCGUCAUGGCAGUUCUGAAUGAGGACGAGUUUUUCCUUGACAUAGAUCCCGAUAAAGCUAUUGAGAGGUUUUCACCGCCGGAUCGUCUAAAGAAGUUCGGCCAGCCCAAUAGCACCGAGUACACGACGAAGAUGGGGCGAUACCGCAAGUGGACAGUCCAGUCACUGUACAACCUCACGAGCCGGUUCACUUCCUCGCUGAAGGAGCACUGGGCCAACUUCCCCGCAACCAUCGCUUGGAUCGUCCAACAGAUUGUGCACCUCCUCAAACAACAUUCCAGCACCACCGACCGCGAGAUCCACGCGAUAUGCACGGACCUGGUGCUGAACCACUUCAUAUGCCCCGCCAUCGUGAACCCCGAGGCGCACGGCGUGGUGGAGGUGCCCGUGUCUUACAUCGCGCGCUGUAACCUCAUCCAGGUGGCGCAGAUCAUUCAGAUGCUCUGCCUCGCCAGGUACCAGGAGGUAGAGCCCAAAGUUCGCGACCUGUACAUGAAGUUUGAACGCUCGUGCGUUUGGUCGCUGGUGGAGGGGGUAGCAGGGGAUGCGUUCGCCCCGCCUCCCCCGGCGCCGCCCUCUGAUGCGCCCCUCAGGACAGACGCCGUCCCGCUGACAACUGUUGCGCUGUUCACCGCACACGACGCACAUCUACUGAUAACAUUCCUGCGAAGAAUCUCAUCCAAGCUCAAUAACAACACGCAGAAUGGCAGCGAAGAUAACGCGAACGGCCCCGUACAAAACUCCGACGAAUCUGUGUUUAGCAACGAGUCUGCGAACGUUCUGGCGGAAACCGAAGGAGGUGGGGGGACUCGGUUAGCUGCUCUGGUGGCGAAUACAGAACCUAACUACCGAGCACGUCUGCACGACUUAUUACGGAAGAUGCCGGAUUUUACUGCGCUUAAAACCUCGCCUACAGACAUCAAAGAGACAAUGUCCGAGAACGGUCACAGCAAGCGCGGUAUCCUGGGCAAGGUGGGUCGGGCCCGCGUGCCUCGCUCCACUUCUUCGGAUGAGAGGGUGUCGGAGCGAGACCUGGAGCCCGAGGUACUCGUCAUCAAGCUGAUCAACGUCGACGAACACGGCUAUGUCGGUCUAGUUCCCGAGUCAAAGGUUCUCGAGUGCUACUACGGUGGCGGCGAGGGUGAAGUUGAGACGGAAGGCGAUGUAGGUAACUUACCUCCCACCGGCGUCACUGCACCCGUUCAGAAGCGUACCAGGUUCUCGGUGUCGCACGACGAAGUAUCCCUCGGGAAUACUUCGGACAACUUGGAAGCGGUAUCAGAAGCGGCUUCCAACCACAGUGUCACUUCCAGCCUCGAACUUGAAACCGAGGAUCAGAACGACAAUCUCUCCGAUAUGGUGUCUGCAAAUGUGAGUGGUCGUGGCAGCCCCAACAUAUCCGGUCGGGAGACUCCCUCGUCGCAAGUCACAGAUGGCGACGCGGCUGGGGACGUGCCGCCGAGACGGAUUCAAGCCAACGCUCCAGUAAGCCAAGCAUCGAGCGCCGCUCAGGCUAAACUUCUGAAGCAAAGUCGUAACGAUAUUGAAGAUAAAUUCUGCAAAUUCGAAAUUAAGAAACUUCUAGAGGGUGACGAAACGAUAAGUAUCAUGUCGGACACGUGGAGCACGGACGUGUUGGCGUCAGACUCGGAGACUAUCGGUGAUUCUUGCGAGCACACUCAAGUAGCCACCAGUCAAGGGUCGAACGCGAACACGGUGGCGCCGGACGUGUCGGAGACAGCGAGUGAGUCCGCGUGGAGUAUGGACGUGCUGGCUUCAGACAGCGACCGCAAUACAGAGGUUGACACCGACGAUUGCGUGUCGGUUGCGGCGCGCUCGGACACCUCGUGGCCCCGACGAGCGUCCCACCACGAGGAGUUGGCGCCUCUCACCGCCAACUCGACCAACAAGCUGCACCAAAUUGCCAAUGGCACUGCAAAACGACCUGAUGUGAGCAGCCCUAGACAUACAUCGCGCCCCAAUCUAACUAACAGGAACGUUGGAUACCUCAGUGCGACCGCAGCCCUGUGUCGCGGCGGGGAACUCGAUUUGCCCAUGCACACCCCUCACACGUCGCCGCGUAAUUACCCCAUUGAGAACAGGAAGAGCAUCCUCGUCAACGGAUACCCGGUAAUGACAUGCUACGCGUCCGCGCCGGAGAGUCCAAGUACAGCGCCCCCUAUGUCAAAUGACGUGUUCGACUACGUGCCACAGAAUAACUUCAACGAGCAAAGUAACAGUGCACCGUCCGAGUCGACCGUGGAAGACGCGGCGGGCGGCGAGGAGCCAAGUGGACUCAGUUGCGCAUCCGGCUCGGACGCGACCAGCCAGUGGGUGGACGACAGCUUCCCGGCCAAGUACGCCUUGCCUUCCACCUCCAAGGCGUACGACAACAACGAUCUCAUGGACAGAUCUUUAAACUCUAGCGAAAGUUCGUUCAACGCACUCUCAGUGUCCCAAUACGACCGCCGAUUCGAUUCGGGCAUCGAGUCCGACCGCCCCGACCCGGAGCCCCGGUCCGCCAUCUCCGACCUCAUGACGCGCAUGAGUUCGGCCACAAUCAGCUCCAAUCUCGUCAACAACAUUACCUCAAGAAUCGUCAAAUCAGAAAUGAGGACCAGCAUCGUCAAUAUCAGUUCGUCGCGAGUUGAGAAAAAGAGAGAAACUAGAAACGAAAGUAAUAUAUCCCUCAGUACGCUCUCGGUUAAUAGUGUCGAAACGUCGGUGUCAGACAAAAGCUCGAGUCAGGAUGUGAACUCGGAGAACGUUACGGAGAGGAGAAUCAGUCCGCCUCCCAAGAUUGUUUCGACGGGCGCUAUACCGAAGAGUAUCAGCUUCGAUGCCACAGCCGAGAAAACGCAGCGGAGACGAAUUAUGGGCGAAGACGGACUAGUGAACAACUUGGAUGAAUUGAAGAAUAACGUGAAACGCUCCGGUGGCAACUUGCUGCACAAAAUCAAAAUGUUCCGGCACAAGGGUCGCUCGCACCAUCAUAGCGGAGAGAUGAAGGUAUCCGAAGAGGAGUUGGGCGGCGAGGAUGUGGCCCAGGAGAUCCGGGAAGGGGAGAGCUCCGAGGAGAUCCUCGCCAAGUACCGACGAGCCGCCGAGUGCACGCCGCGGAGGCAAUCGCGACACUCCGACCUACCCGAUGGCCAUGAUAUGGAGAGGUGCGAGGGUGUCGUGGAUCUCAACGACCCGGAAGUGUUCAACAGCAUGAAGCGGCGCUUGCGCGUCGUGCUGUCCAACACCGACUUCCACUGUGUGCAAUAUGUACCCAACCGGUGUACAAGUACGAAUCUCACGGAGUGGGUCCGCGCGGGCGGUAGUGCCGAGGCGGCCGCGGCGGCACGUGCGUUAUCCGCGUGCGGUGCGCGGGCGGCACGCUUGGCUGCGGCCCUGCGUGCCGACCUGGCCGCGCGACGACCCUACGCUGCGUACCUCGCCUCGUGCCGCGCGGCCCUGGCACACUCGCUGCACGACCUACAGACGCAAAUCAAGCUGGUCCGUUGGGAGUGGGCGGGCUGCGCGCGCGCAGCGGCCGCGGCGCGCGUGCUGGAGCAGCUGGAGCGCGGGCCCGCGCUGCGGCGCCUGGCCGCGCACCACGCGCACGCGCACGCGCUCCUCAACGGCGAGCUCAUGGACGAGCGCGCCGCCAGGCUGACGGCCAGCAUCAAAGCCAUCACCGCCGAGAUCAAGUCUGACCCGUCUUGGGAAGGUGCGACAGCCACGAUACUGGAGAGCGCGGAAGUGACGGUGGAGCGCGCGGUGUUCGCGAGACUUUACUUGCACGUGCUUUUCCCGAACGGCGACGGAGACAUCGCCAGGGAUCAGGUGCUGAGUGAGCACAUCCGCCGGCUGUCCGCCAGCACGAACGCCAUCCGCGCGGGAGUGCCGCCGCGGCACCUGUGGGCCGCGCCCUUCCCACACGCCAUGCUACAAUUGCGGUACCUGCCCGUCUACCGCACGCCCCGGGAUAAGGUGACGUGCGUUUUGCGUUGCGUACGCUCGCUAGUGUCGACUCUGGCGCUGACGGAUGGGUCUCCGCCCGCAGCAGACGAUCUCACACCGACCUUAGUACUCGUGAUUAUCAAGGUGAACCCGCCGUCACUGCUGUCGACCAUCGAGCUGGUGAACGCGUUGGGUGGCAGCGCGCUGUCGGGCGAGGCGUUAUACUGGUGGACGCAGUUCUGCGCUGCGGUGGCCUAUAUCAAGACCAUGGACUACCCCGCCGCCGCGCCCGCGCCGCCCGCACCCCCCUCCAGCAGCGACUCCUAGCGGGGGCAGGCGCUGAGAUCAGCGCGAAACAUCGAAUUUAGGUUUAAAAUGUUCCAAGGCGUCGCACGCAUCGACCGAAGGAACACACUGUAAACGAAUAAAAAUAAUUAAAAUGUAUUAAAUAUAUAAUAAUAUAACUAACUGUAAUCAUCAAAUUCUUACAUCGUGGCGUACUUUCUUCAGCAGUACAGUCCGAUUCAAACUUUAUGACUUCUCGAACUUCGUGUGUAUCGUUGCGCAGAAUUCUAUAUUCUAUAUCCGCCAAUCAGUGUGUACAGUUGACUACCUGCGCGAAGCUACAAUCGCAGCUAAGUUCUGCAAAACAUAAAUUUUGAAUCGGAUAAUACCCUUAGUACGACAUUUACAAGCUCGCAAUCGGGAAGCGUUUAAAAUCGAAACACUAAUGUCAGAGUAAAAUAGACCUAAUAACUCUGUUUUAAAGCUUAAUUUCGUCUACACUUCUAAUUUCAACGAACUUUUAUUAAAUAUAAUCUUUUGACGACCUUCCUGGCGCAGUGGUGAGCGCUGUGCUUAUCAGUCAAGGUCCCGAGUUCAAUUCCGGCAGGGGCCAUUUGUGAUUUAUAUUAUGUCUAAAUAUGCUCGGCUUUGAAAAAACAUUAGUGAACAAAGUGAAGUAAGACUUUAAAUCCAGCGAAAUUAGGUUUAUUUUAAAUUGACGCUUUAAUGUUUUAUUGACUUUAGAAGGUAUAUCUAACAGAUGCUAGUGGUUUGUUCAGCAAACGUUUUUUUUAUUCUAUAUCUUAUUUUAUUAAGUAGUCACAUUUUAGCUGUUCACAGACUUAGUUCUUGCUUACAUAAUAUAUAUAUUUCUCUCCAUCCAGAGUAGUUGUUAUCCAUUCACACAAGUUUGAUUAAGAAAUCACCAAUAUAUCUGUCAAUUUAGUUUGGUCACGAUGUGUGUGUAUACACUAAUCUGUACACCAAACUAAAUUGAUAAUUCCAAAAGUAUUGCUAUCCUUUUCAUAAUGUUCCCUGUUAAAAAGGAUAGUACUACUUUUGACGCAGUGGGCAGUGGCCUAAGCCGUGUCUUAAGGCCGUGGGUUCGAUUCCCACAACUGGAAAAUGUUUUUGUGAUGAACAAGAA